GAAACCGGAAGCCUCACGCGCUGAGAAGAGGUUCGUACCGCUGUGGAGUUGUUAUGGGCCGGAGGAGAGCGCCGGGUAGCGGGUCUCUGGGCCGGGUACUUAUCCGGCAUCAGACUCAGCGAAGCCGCAGCCAACGUCAUACUGAUUCCUGGCUGCACACAAGUGAACUCAAUGAUGGCUAUGACUGGGGCCGCCUUAAUCUUCAGUCAGUGACGGAGCAGAGCUCCCUUGAAGACUUCCUUGCAACUGCAGAACUUGCAGGGACUGAGUUCGUGGCUGAGAAGCUUAAUAUCAAGUUUGUGCUGCCUGAGGCUAGAACUGGACUGCUGUCUUUUGAGGAGAGCCAGAGAAUUAAGAAACUCCAUGAAGAAAACAGACAGUUCUUGUGUAUACCGAGGAGACCAAACUGGGAUAGAAAAACUAGCCCCGAAGAACUGAAACAGGCAGAGAAAGAUAACUUUCUAAAAUGGAGACGCCAGCUUGUCCGGCUAGAAGAGGAACAGAAGUUGAUACUGACUCCCUUCGAACGAAAUUUGGACUUUUGGCGCCAGCUCUGGAGGGUCAUUGAGAGAAGUGAUGUUGUGGUCCAGAUAGUAGAUGCUCGAAAACCACUCCUGUUCAGAUGUGAGGAUUUGGAGUGUUAUGUGAAGGAGGUGGAUGCCGCUAAGGAGAAUGUCAUUCUGAUAAACAAAGCGGACCUGUUGACUGCUGAGCAGCGCUCUGCUUGGGCCUUGCACUUUGAAAACGAAGGUGUGAAGGUUAUUUUCUGGUCAGCUUUGGCAGAAACCGUUCACUCUAAGGACCAAGGCAACGGUGUUGCUGGAGAAGCCAGCGGUGUUGCUGGAGAAGCCAGCGGUGUUGCUGGAGAAGCCAGCGGUGUUGCUGGAGAAGCCAGCAGAACUGAGUCUGAAAACUCGAGUUUGGAUGAGAAUGAAACUCUGCACAGAGAUUUGCUCUCACUUAGGGAGGAGUCCACAAGUGACGAAGAUGACAGUGAGUAUGAGGACUGUCAGGAGGAGGAGGAGGAGGAGGAGGACUGGCAGACGUGUUCGGAAGAAGACAGCAGCCCUGAGGAGGAGGACUGUGGUCAGGACUGGAAGGAACACUGUCCUGUCGAUUCUGAGACUCAGAACAGAAAAACUCCAGAAAGCCAGCACAUGAACAAUUGUAGUCACCUGGUGUCCAAGCAGGAGUUACUGGAGCUCUUGAAGAAGCUCCACACUGGGAAGAAGGUGAAAGAUGGACAGCUAACUGUCGGGCUGGUGGGCUACCCUAAUGUCGGUAAGAGCUCAACCAUCAACUCUAUCAUGGGCAACAAGAAAGUGUCUGUGUCUGCCACACCUGGCCACACCAAGCAUUUCCAGACUCUGUAUGUGGAGCCCGGCCUCUGCCUGUGUGACUGCCCCGGCCUGGUGAUGCCGUCCUUUGUGUCUACCAAAGCAGAGAUGAUUUGCAAUGGGAUCCUCCCGAUUGACCAGAUGAGAGAUCACGUUCCCCCCAUAUCACUAGUUUGCCAGAAUAUCCCACGCCAUGUUUUGGAAGCUACCUAUGGUAUUAACAUUAUAAAGCCUGGAGAAGGCGAAGACCCCUACCGACCUCCAACCUCAGAAGAGCUGUUGACGGCUUAUGGAUGCAUGCGAGGAUUCAUGACAGCACAUGGACAGCCAGACCAGCCUCGAUCUGCACGUUACAUCCUAAAGGACUAUGUCAAAGGCAAACUACUGUACUGCCACCCUCCUCCUGGAAGAGAUCCUGUGACGUUCCAGAAUCAACAUCAGCAACUCCUAGAGAACAAAACAAAGGCUGAAGAAAUACGACUCCAGCCUGGCAGAAACCAAAAAGCCAAACAGAUUGAAAAUGGAGUUGACAAAGCCUUUUUCCAUCAGGAGAACGUCAGAGCGCUGACCAAAGGGGUCCGGGCUGUGAUGGACUACAAACCUGGGAGUGGCCUGCGGAACGCAGCUGCUGUGAGUGCUGGGAACGCGGCCGGGAAGCCCUGGAAAAAACACGGCAACCGAAAUAAAAAAGAGAAAAGUCGUAGGCUCUACAGACACCUGGAUAUGUGAACUUGCUCAACAGAAGUGGUGUCUGCAUCGCGCAGGUGGACAUGACCAAAGCCACAGCUGCCCGUGGGGCUUUCCAGACACGGGCACUGUGGAAUGCACCCGGAAGUCUAGACAGCGGGGCAGCCUUUGGAAGCACCAACUGUGCCUGUAAUAGUCAAUGCGGUGUCCCAGGAGUCUGCUUCUGCAGCAGGCUGACGGAUGUGUGUGUAAACAUACAUACAAAUGCAUAUUAACUUUGUUUUUGAAAAGUUAUUAAAUUAAUUGGCCACUAAUUUUACA